AUGUAUUUAAAUAUAUCAUCAUUAUCGUCGUCAUCCAAUUCUUCAUCAUCGAAUAAUGAUGAACAUAUUUUUGAAAUUAUUAUUAAUCUUCUAAGACCACGGACAUUCCGAAAUCGUUUCAAUCAUCUUGAAAAUUAUGAUGAUUUGGAUUUCAAAACAAGAUUUAGAUUGACAAAGAACACAUUUAUGAUGUUACUUAAUGCAGUUGGAACUGAUUUAAAACAUUGUACAAGUAGAAAUUUUGCAAUCAUACCGGAGAUUCAACUGUUAAUAGCAUUAAGAUAUUAUGCUACUGGAGCAUUACAAGCUGUUUUAGGCGAUCAUAUACAAGUGCAUAAGUCUACUGUAUGCAGAAUUGUUAAACGUGUUUCAAAACGUUUAGCAUGUCUUCGUCCUUUCUUCAUUAAUAUGCCCAAGAACCAAAAUGAAAAACAAGAAGUACAGAUUGGAUUUUACCAAACACAUAAUUUUCCUAGGGUUAUUGGUGCUAUUGAUUGUACUCACAUCAGAAUACAGUCCCAAAAUAGUGAUAUAGGUGAACAAUUCAGAAAUCGAAAAGGCUACUUUUCAUUCAAUGUGCAGGCUGUGUGUAACAGCAAAAUGGAGAUAAUGAAUAUUGUGGCUAGAUGGCCAGGAUCUGUGCAUGAUAGCACUGUAUUUGACAACAGUUUACUGCGUGCCCAGUUCGAAAACAAUGAGUAUGAAGGAUGUUUUCUUCUUGGUGAUGGUGGUUAUCCAUGCAGGAGUUAUCUUAUGACUCCUUUAUUAAAUCCCACAACUAAUUCCGAAAAAAAUAUCAACCUACUUUAAAUUUUAUGUUAAUUACAGAAAGCCCAAAUAGGUACAAGAAAUGUCAUUGAACGUGUUUUUGGAGUUUUGAAACGACGUUUUCCCGUCUUGUCUGUUGGCAUUCGCACUCAACCAAAGACAGCUUUGACAACAAUUGUUGCUACUGCAGUCUUAUAUAAUAUUUUACUGAAACAAAACGAUGAAAUGCCAUUAAAUGAACAGCUAUUAGACAAUAAUUUAUUAGAAGAAUUACCAGCUUUACCAGUAAGACAGAUUGGAAAUGUUGUAAGAAAUGAUUUAAUAGAAACUUAUUUUUCUUAA